AGCGAGAGAGAGAGAGAGAGAGAGAGCCCAAAUCCACGCGAAUUCUAGUGGCAAUGGCUGCAUCGCCACUAGCUCCUCUCUCCGGCUGCGCUCGCCCAGCGACCACGAUCCUCUCUCGCAUCUCCACCGCCAUCUUCUUCUCCCCAAGCGGCCGGACUUCCUCCUCCUCCUCCGCCGUUCUCCACCGCCUCCCCUUCUCAACCUCUCCAUCUCCUCAGAGCUUGAGCCCCCGCACCCGCGGCCUCAGGCUCCCUGGCCCUCCAGGUUCUGAUGACGAGCUGGACAGCUCUGACUCCAAUGCCUCGCCCAAAAAGAGUCGGAACGAGAAGAAGCGGGAGGCCCGCCGGGCCGUGCGCUGGGGAAUGGAGCUCUCCGCCUUCCCUGUGCCUCAGAUCAAGCGUGUGCUCAAGGUGGCUUCUUUGGAACGCGAGGUGUUCGAAGCUCUUAUGUUGGUGAAGAGAUUAGGUCCAGAUGUGCGGGAAGGGAGGAGAAGGCAAUUCAAUUACAUUGGAAGACUUCUGCGGGAUGUGCAGCCUGAAUUGAUGGAUGCUCUUAUUCAGGCUUCUAAAGAUGGUGACAAUAGCAAGCUGAGCACUUUAUCUGGUCUCAAAACUGAUGAUGAUGAGGAAGAGAAAGAGGAAGAGGAAGAGGAAGAAGAGGGAAAGGAAGAAGACACCAUAUGUGAAGUGCAGAAAGAUGAGGGACGUGCUAACUAUAUCGAACUGUCAACAAGAUGGUUUGACGGUCUUAUUUACAAGGAUCCAUUGAUUACGAAUGAGGUGUUUUCAGUUCAUAAUGUUGAAUUUGAUCGGCAGGAGUUGCGUAAACUUGUGCGGAAAAUCCAAUCAAUUCAAGAAGAGCCACUUGUAGAUGAAACAGUGUCAGGGAAAGAUGCUUUGUUAACUAGUGCAAAAAGGCCACUUGUUCGUUUCUUACGUUCCCUGGCAAAGAAAUCAUUGGCAGAAUAAAGUGAAACUCUAGUCUAUGAACCAAGGGGUCUCUCCAAAUGAAGGCAAUGCAGCGUCAUUUUAUUCGGGCUUAUGCUAGGUGCUAUGCAGUAAAGACAAGGAUUUCACCAUCCAUUAUUGUGCAUAGUCCGUCACAUCACAAAAACAGUAAACUUGAAACAGUCCUUUUUAACCUAACAGUAUUUGAAUUUUUGAAGUUUUUCUGAUUAUGAUUGCUUGCGGCAAUAGAAUAGACUGUUAUUGUUAAAGGAAUGGUUGGAAAGGAAUCUGCUUCCCUUAUUGAUGAUGACUUGAGACAUCAAAUAGACAAUGGAAAAUGCCGAAAGUGUGAUUCCUGACUGGAACUGGAUGAAGACCUCUUAUGUCUUUUGCAUUGAAUUAUUGUAUGCAUAACAUCAAUAUUUAGCUGAUUCUGUUCAGCAUUUCCAUGAUAUCCACAUGUAAUUUUUCUCAUGCUUACUGCAUGCUUUACAUUGCAUUUGUUUUUGUUUGUUGAAAGGUCCUAAUCUUGUUUUGUUGCCA